AGGCCGACAUUACACCCACUUACGUAAUUAAGAUCGUGUAUAUAAAUUGAUGUUAUCUUUGGUAAUCAAUCAGAAGACUGGACGAGGAGACUCCGCUGAGGUAUAACAUGAAUUUGAUGCCCUUUGUGUUUUCGUGUUUUCUGACUUUACAUUCUAUCCAAGGACAUUAUUGGACCGGUUGGUAUGACCGAGACAAUCCUUCUGGUUCUGCGGAUAAUGAACAUCUUACAGAACAAAAGAAACUAGGUUACGUCUGUGGCGGAUGUAAACCCAUCGGAGCAGAGUGUCGCGUGAGGGGAUCAGGCAGAACGUUCACUCGCUGGUCCCAAACUGCUCCCGAUAGAUUGGAUGUAUACUGUUUACCAACACAAGGUCUGGUGUGUCUCAACUCGCAGCAAGCCGACGGGUCCUGCGCAGACUAUGAGAUAAGAUACUUGUGCCCAAGUACAAGUGGUACGUGGACAAACUACCUAGAUAGGGAUGAUCCAGACGGUACCGGUGACUGGGAGAACGUUAAGGCUUUCAGGGAAGAUGACAACGUCAAUAUUUGCAAUGGUGCUCGCCCAUUGUGCACCCGUUGUCGCGACAGAGUGAGCCACUACCAUUAUUAUGCAACUGGAGAUGCGUACAAUACCGACCACGACUGUAACUGGGAGAAUGGCUUGGUCUGUACUAGAGAAGUCAACGUGAAGAUCUGCAAGGACUACGAGGUGAAUUUUAAAUGUCCAAACAUAGAUCAGUAUCAGACAGGGAUAUGCGCUGCAUGCGCAAAGUGGACUAUCUGGAUGGACAGAGAUGACCCCAUCGUUAACGGGGACUCUGAGCACGUGGGACCAACGGGCUUUAAUCCGUGCUCUGGACAUGAACCAAUUGACAUCCAGUGCCGCACGAGGGGAACUAAUGUGCCGUGGGAUCGGACGGGUCAGGUGAUCAAAGUGAAGUGCACGCCCUCUGAAGGGUUCGUCUGCGAGAACGGCGACCAGCCGAGUGGACAAAUUUGCUUCGAUUACGAAGUCCGUUUCCUUUGUCCGUAAUUUGGCUCACUAGUUCAGUAUGUACUCACUGUGGAAAAUGACAAGCGAUAUCCUGGUGAAUGACACACAAUGCAACCUGAAUUUAGUAUAUCUGAGAAACGCUUACAGAAUUGCUUUAUUACAUGUACCCAAAACUCUCUGUUGACUCGCUAUGCAUUGAUUAAAAAUUUAGGUUCUUUACAAAUUUUAAAACUGACGCAUUUAAAUAAAGUACCAUUUAAGGACAAUAAAUUGCACUUCUUUGCAUCGAA